AAAGCGCAUCUCCGUUUCGGGUACCUGAUGAGCAUCGCCUCAGACACGACCCGACCUUCCGACUUUGCUUUAUGGGGAUUUGUUCAAGCACAAUAAAAAACGGAAGCCUGACAAACAUUUGAAGGGAUACCAACUCGACCGCUGGUGUUUCAGAAAUGGCUUUGUCUCUCCGAAGCAGGUGUUUGGUUUUGCUGUGCUUGACAGCUGUUCACUGCGGCCAUGCAGCUCUUCAGCAGUCCUGCAUGGAUAAGCACCAGGUGGUGGGAGUGCUGCGUCAGAUGGAGAAGUUCUUGAAAGGCCAGGAGAUCCGGUUCACAGAAGGUCUCCGGAUCAUGAAGUCAAAGCUGGCGUCGCUUCAGAACUCCGUCUCCAAGUUACCUCAAGCUGAUCAGUCAGCUGCUCCGGCCACCUGCCCCUCCCUGGACGCCCCGGCUCAUGGAACAAAGUUCGGUUCGAAGCAUUUCGUCGGACACGAAGUCCAUUUCGUUUGUUCGCAGGGGUACCAGCUUCUCGGUUCUUCUACGCGGGUUUGUCGUGACAACGGCACCUGGUCUGGCGUCAGUGCAGUUUGUAAAGAUAUAAGCGAGUGUUCAAGUAACCCCUGCCAGAAUGGAGGUACGUGUGUGGAAGGUGUCAACCAGUACAAAUGCACCUGCCCCCAGAACUGGAGCGGCUCUCACUGCCAGCACCAAACCCAGACUGCACCGCCCGAGUGGAGCGUUAUGAACGACCCGGCGUUCAGUCGGCGACCUCGCUGCGCCCAAGUCAACCAAGCCCAACACUGCAGCUGUGAUGCAGGCUUCCACAUGAGUGGCACGUCUGACAACAGUAUCUGUCAAGACGUCAAUGAAUGCGAAGUGUAUCGGUUGGACCAAGGAGGGAAACUGUGUGUCCACGAGUGUGUGAACGUCCCCGGCUCAUACCACUGCUCCUGUCCCAGCGGUUACAAGUUACUUCCAGAUGGGCGGAGCUGUGAAGAUGUGGACGAGUGUUUGAGCCAGAAGCAUAACUGCAGCAGAGGGACAUCUUGCAUCAACACUGGGGGAGGCUUUCGUUGUGUCAACCCCGAGUGUCCCCGUUCCCACGGCAACAUCAGCUACGUCAAGACAUCUCCUUUUCAGUGUGAGAGGAACCCCUGCCCCAUGGACAGCCGCUCCUGCCAUCUGGCUCCUAAGACCAUGUCCUUCCACUACCUGUCGCUGCCCUCCACGCUGCAGACCCCCGCCACGCUGUUCCGCAUGGCGACCGCCGCCGCCCCCGGCCGCACCGGCCCAGACAGCCUUCGCUUCGGCAUAGCGGGCGGGAACUCCAGAGGCACCUUCGUCAUGCAGCGCUCAGACAGGCAGACCGGUGAGCUGAUUCUGGUGCAGCAGCUCCGCGGGCCUCAGGAGGUCAGUGUGGACGUGGAGAUGUCCGAGUACGCCGACCGCAGCUUUCAGGCCAAGCACGUGGCGAGGGUCCACGUUCUGGUUUCGCCGUACAGUUUCUGAACCUGGAGGAGAUGAAGAGCUCAGACUGAAGCCUGUACAGGAACAAAGAAGAGUGCACAAAGGCCACUGAGGGGAAAGAGAAAAUGUUGCAAACCGUCACAGAUUUCUAUCCAGUCUGCUUUACUUAUGAUGCCAGGGUCUUAAACAGUGCUGUUUAAAAGCAUAAAUUUCUCAAAAGAUAAUUUGAGUCCAUACAAAAUGUAGUUCUAAAACAAGCAUUUCAUUUAUUAAAGGUGAAAAAGCCACCUGCCUAGUUCUAUGUGCAGUAAAAGCAUUACUCCUCUCGGCAACUGUAAUGAGAGCCAAUAUUCGCAAAUGGAGAAAACAUGCACCAGAGUGAACCUUUUAAAAUUAUACUUGGGGAGCAAUAGACACUCAGAGUAUCCAUUAGUAAGAGGCUGGGUAAAACAAGGCAUCCUGUGGGAUGUUCCAAAGCCAAAACUAUUGUGGACCAAAAAAGAGCACAACUAUUCACAUUUGUUUAAAAUAAUCAAUUUUGAUGACCACCUCGACAUUUAUGAAAAUUUGGGAUACACUUUUAAAUCGGCCCCAAUUUCCUUAAUUUUGGGAGAUCAGCGAUGGGCUGACAUUUAAAUGAGAAACAGAUUUUAUCAACCAAUCUUAUCUACCUCGGCGACGGUACGGCCCCCUGUUGCUCUGCAGUGAGAGACUAUUGCCAGAUAAUUGGCUGUGUUGCUAUAGUUAGCAACUUUCUAGACAAAAUAAAUUGUAGCAGUCAAAAUCAGAAACAGCAGGUAAGGCUUUCUAUGGAUUGUGGUUGAUGAUCGGCCAGAAAACUGCAAUCGGUGCAGUAUUUUGUACACUGCUUAAACAUAAUUGGAACUUUUGAAUAGGUGUGCGUUGUGAUACAUUUGGUAUGAAACAAAAUCAGCUUUUUAGAAAAAAAAAACAGUCGAGCUGACAGACAUAUUGGUGGUAGUGUGAUGUUGUGGGCUGCUCUGCUGCUGCAGGACCUGCAUGACUUAGUUCAAUUAAUUGAACCAUAAAUUCUGCUCUCAACCUGCAGCAAGAAAAAGAUGUGGAGGGAUGACUUUGAAAAGGGGAAUGUAUGCUGGAAAACCUGCAAUAUGGCUGAAGAAGAAAAAUUCUGCCAGGGAAAAAUCUCAUUGCCUGUCAUCACAAACCUUUGAUCCCCAACAUUGGCACAGCGAGUUAUUAGGCUCAGGGACGCAAUUACUUUUUCACGCUCGGCCAGCUUGGUUUGGAUGGCUUUUUUUCCUUUGAUGAAUGAAAAAACUGCAUUUUAUGUUUUGCCAAAUGCAAAAUACUUUUUCACAGCACAGUUUAUGAAGUGUGGUUCUGUAUGACAGCGUGUGCUGCAACUUUUAAAUGCAUCUCUGCUUCAAAACUCACCUGAGUCAUAUAAUGAUGUCAUCAGCAUCAGGAUGAACUCACUGCCUUCUGAGGAGGAGAUUCAGUCGUUUGAUUCAGGGGCCACCAUGGAAAAAAACAGAUGAUCUAACUUUAAAAAGUUUCUCUGGUAGAGGGUCUCAUACAUAAACAUCCUCACCUGGCAUUAGUGCUUGUGUGGCUCUAAUUUAUUGGCAAUAUUGUUGCUGGAUUUAAAAGUGUAACAUAUUAUGUGCAAGUCAUAUCAUAUACUGUAUAUUUGUGAUUUUGUUUUGUUCCAGCUUGCACUCAUCUUCUGCCAACAGCUGCUGCAGCAUUUAUCUCUCUGUCAUUGUCUGCAUGUUAUGCAGAAAUACUGUUUUCACAAUGCAGCUGAAUUUGGCGCAUUUACUUACAUACUUGCUUGUCAUUUUGAAUAACUCCAACAUUACUGCAAUAAAGCCAGUCCAGGGUUUCA